GAUACCGCGCCAACAUGAGAGAGACGGAGCUGACUGUGGAGCGGCGAAUGGAGGCCGAGCUGACUCGGCAGAAGUCGGAGUUCUGGAAGUGCAUAUCUGGCUGCCCUGCCCGAUGCCCUGGCUGUGGCACCAAGUGCAAUCUGGAGCACGAGAACCACUGGCCGGAGAGGCCACACGAGUGCCGCCGGCACGUCUAUCCCGCCUUCAACGGCUGGCAGAAGCAG